AUGUCCCAUCACCCGAAAAUCCACCCACUCGACGACCCGGAAGCCACACCGGUGCAUCCAACGGCUCCUCUAGUUCCACGUGGUGCCUCAAGAUCAGAACACGGAGACCCGACCAAAGACCCUUUGACUCAACGGCCACAACGGUUCGUGCCGUUGGCUCCUCCGAGGAAGAAAAGAAGAAGCUGUUGCUACAGGUGCGUGUGCUACACGAUCUGCCUUCUCUUGCUUCUUGUUGUUGCAGUAGGCGCGACGAUUGGUAUACUCUACCUUGUCUUUAAACCGAGGCUACCUGAUUACUCUAUUAACCGGUUACAGCUUACCCAGUUUGUGCUUAACCAAGACUCGAGUUUGUCCACGGCUUUUAAUGUGACAAUAACCGCUAAGAAUCCGAAUGAGAAGAUCGGAAUUUACUAUGAAGAUGGGAGCAAGAUUACUGUGUGGUACAUGGAAGCCAAACUCAGCGAUGGGUCGUUGCCGAAAUUCUACCAAGGCCAUGGAAAUACAACAGUGAUAUACGUAGAAAUGACCGGCCAAACUCAGGAUGCAUCCGGUUUAAUGGCGACAUUAACAGAUCAGCAACAAAGAACCGGGAAUAUACCAUUGAGAAUUAGAGUCAACCAACCGGUUCGGGUCAAAUUAGGGAAGUUGAAGCUGAUGGAGCUGAGAUUCUUGGUUAGAUGUGGUGUAUUUGUUGAUAGUAUGACUACAAAUAAUGUUAUUAAGAUUCAAAGUAGUAGCUGCAAAUUUAAGCUUAGACUAUGAUUCCGGUUCUUAAAUAUUAUUUUGCAAUUCAUAUUUUCAUCGUAGAGAGGUUUUAUUGUUAUGUGCAUAUAUAUAUAGUCUCAUAGUUCCUCUAACCUACGCUAUCGUGUCAGAUCUUUGUUGUAUAAUAUAAUCAAUAAUAAUAUAUUACAGAUUUUUGUAGAUU